GCCAUCAGAAAGGGAAAAGCCAGAGCCGCGGCAGGCCUGGGCUGCGAUGGCGGGGGAAACAGAGACUAAAGGGGAACAGGGGCACUGCUACUGACCCGCGGCGCCGCCUUUUACAGCUGGGCCGGACAGGUGUGCCGUGACCACGGCGCCCUGGGUGACCUUCCUCGGAUGUGGACUUGGCCCUGAGCAUCCUUCCGCCAGGCCCCUCGCCUGGGUACCACCGAGAAAUGCCCGCCUUUGUGUCCAAGUGACAGCGCAGAGGCAGCCGCCGCCACCGAGAUCAUCUUCUGGAUCACCCAAGUUUCCAGACCACUUCUCUUCCCAGCUCCCAUGGGGACCACAGAAGCUACACUAAGGAUGGAAAAUGUGGACGUGAGGGAUGAAUGGCAGGAUGAGGAUCUGCCCAGACCGCUCCCAGAAGACCCUGAGGUGGAGCGGCUGGGUGGCACAGUGGAAGACACCUCCUCACCUCCCUCCACCCUGAACUUGAGCGGAGCGCAUGGAAAGAGAAAGACACUGGUGGCCCCGGAGAUCAACAUCUCCCUGGACCAGAGCGAGGGCUCUCUGCUGUCCGACGACUUCCUCGACACCCCCGAUGACCUGGACAUCAAUGUGGACGACAUUGAGACGCCAGACGAAACUGACUCUCUGGAGUUCUUGGGAAAUGGCAAUGAGCUUGAGUGGGAAGAUGACACCCCAGUGGCCACCGCCAAAAACAUGCCGGGUGCUAGUGCAGACCUGUUUGGAGAUGGCUCCGGGGAAGACGGCAGUGCGGCCAAUGGCCGUCUGUGGCGGACUGUCAUCAUCGGGGAGCAAGAGCACCGCAUCGACCUGCAUAUGAUCCGGCCCUACAUGAAGGUGGUCACCCACGGAGGGUACUACGGGGAAGGUCUCAACGCCAUCAUCGUCUUUGCAGCCUGCUUUCUACCAGACAGCAGCUCCCCAGACUACCACUACAUCAUGGAGAAUCUGUUCCUGUACGUCAUCAGCAGCCUAGAGCUGCUCGUGGCUGAGGACUACAUGAUUGUGUAUCUGAAUGGUGCCACACCCCGGAGGAGGAUGCCAGGCAUUGGCUGGCUGAAGAAGUGUUACCACAUGAUUGACAGGAGACUAAGGAAGAAUCUAAAGUCCCUGAUCAUCGUCCACCCCUCCUGGUUCAUCCGCACGGUGUUGGCCAUCUCCCGGCCCUUCAUCAGUGUCAAGUUCAUCAGUAAAAUCCAGUACGUGCACAGCCUGGAGGAACUGGAGCAGCUCAUCCCCAUGGAGCACGUGCAGCUGCCCGAGUGUGUCCUGCAAUAUGAAGAACAGAGACUCCGAGCCAAGAGGGAGAGCACACGGCCACCUCAGCCAGAGUUCCUCCUUCCCAGGAAUGAAGAAAAGCCAGAGAAUAUGGAAGAAGAGGACAGGGCAGCAGAGGCAACAGAGGACCAGGAAACCAGCAUGUCCUGAUUUACCCAGAACCUAGACAUGGACAGAGAUUAUUCCCGACAUCACAUAACCCUCAUCCGAAGCCCUGGGAGCCCACCUUCAUCGUGCCUCUGCCACCUGAGGACGCCUGGCCCUGUCAUGUCCCCCUGCUCCCGGGUCCGCUCGCUGCUUGAGUACAUCUCACUGUUUUAUUUUGAAGACGGUGGCAUAAGCAACCUCAGAAUGGAGCAGGCUCUCGACCCUUUCACAGGCCAAGUUGGACGCGGGCAGUGCCACCCAUGGUUACUCCUCCAGGCCUUGGCAUCCCCGAGAGGCCCUUCUCUGUCCCAGCUAGGAUGGCACAGACAUGCGCUCUGGGCUAACCCCAUGAGAGACCCUUUGCUCGUUGCCCAUAGCUGGAACCUCAGAUGCCUGGUGGCUGCGGCUGCAUCUGCUUCUCUGUGGAAUGUGACCCUCCGUCCCCUCUCCCUGUCACCCCAGCAGGGCUGUGACUGCUGACCUCACAUCUCUACCAGACACGCCCUAUUCUGCCAUUUGACUGUCUUUGGGGGCCUUCAAGCCUAUUGCACACAUAUUGAUCAGCCUGGCAGCCGCCAAACCACCAUCCCCAACAUUUUUGAGCUCUUUAAACUAGAUGUGACUCCAGAUGUUAACUGGCACCUCAUUCCAAGGGAAGAAGUUGUACCCACUUUCCUGUCCUCUGCCCAGGCCAGACUCAGACCCUUGUGUCAUCAAGCAGGAGACAGUGUCUGAGAAGACAGAUGAAGACCCAGGGCUGUGGGGCUAGAGCAUUUGGGGCUCCCCUAGGACAAGAUGUCCCAGUGGGUGGGGUGCUGCAGCCACCUGAUCUCCAAACACGUUUGCCUGAGACAACUAGAUAGUCUGACUUAAUGUGUGUAAUGAGCCUCCUGUCCCCAGAGAUACCUAAGGUCCGAUGACAUUUGCAGGAAGGAGUCUCCCUGUGGUUCCCUAAAGACCUGAGUAUCUCUAUGUUAAGAAAGCUUAGCACUGGGUGCAGGAGUAGGAGGCAGGGGGAUUUCUGUGAGUUCCAAGAUAGCAAGGACUACAUAGUGAGACCCUGACUAAAGAGAAGAGGAAAGAGAGAGAAAGACAGAGGGAGACCUCUGUGCCUCUCCUCCAAAGGAAGGUUCUACCCACCCACUAUGACAUGUUUCCUGCCUCGGCCUCUGAUGGCCACAGGACAGCAGCUUCUACCUAGAAAGACUCAGUGUCCUGCCAACAGCACCCAUGGGUCUGGGCUCUGCAACAAGCACACCACACAUAGAACCUCCACUCUGUGGCCUGGGAGGGGACCUGAGAGGGUGGUGCGGAACAGUGCUUUUUGUUUUGUUUUGAGACAGGAUCUUGCUGUGAAGACCAGCCUGGCCUCAGACUCCUGAUCCUCCUGCCUUAGCUUCCUGAGAGCUGAGAUGACAGGUGUGUGGCUGCCUCGCCCCAGGCUGGGCUAGUGCUUUGUAAAUUGUGUUUAACCAGCAUCGGAAGAUGAAAGCCAAGAUGGUGCCUCUUGGCUUUUUGGAAACAGAAUCCUGGAGGCUUUUCCUAACAGGAGGCUGCUGGUGACAGCCAAGGCCUAUGAGGUGAGGACCUCUGUGUCUGAGAUGGAUGGGUGAACCUGCUGUUCCCAAAGGUCUGAGGUCCCACCCCAAGCCCAGGAAACUCCAAUGGCGGCCACCUGCUACAUCCACCUCCCUGCUGCCGUGGCAUGCCCACCGCCCCUUUGGAAUCACCAGCAUCCACAGACACAGGCAAGCAUAACCCACCAGGCCACCAGAGACCCUGAAACAGGAGACCCCGAGGGGCUUAAUAUCCUAGUCCACAUCUGGGACCACCACUCCAGACACCUGGAGGACAGUGAGGGAAGAGGCAGAGGUCCCGCAGCCUCGUGGCGAAGGGCUGUUCCAUUUCUUUGCUGAGACACCCAGGAUCCAUCCGACAACUGGCCCAGAGCCACAGUGCCCACUGCCCACCAGCAAACUGCACAGUUACAAACACGGAGACCGUGGGAUGGUCCCUGCAGUAACACAAGGCCGGGGAGCCUAGGGUGGGGAUUUCUAUGUGAAAUAAAUUAUA